AUGCCAGGUGCAAGCGUCGCCGCUGUGCCUGCGCCCGCCGCUGAGUCCCCAGCCCCGGCCUCGCGAAAGACCUCCCUCGCACCAGAGAAGAAGUACAAGUGCCAGUUCUGCAACCGAGCUUUUAGCAGAAGCGAGCAUAGAAGUAGACAUGAGCGAUCACACACAAAAGAGCGGCCCUUCAAGUGCAUGAAGUGUCGCAGCACAUUCGUCCGACGCGAUUUGCUCCUGCGACAUGACCGGACCGUUCACGCAAAAGAUGGCGGCGUUCCCCUUCACAGCGAUGGCAAGCGCCGUGGUGGCCCCAAGCCCAAGACUGUCGCAGGUCCUGCGAAACCUUCGCUCGCCCUCGACGGUCCCGCGCUGGAGCAGCUCGAGGCUAGCGGCGAGGGCAUAUUCGAUGUCGAGACUGCGGCCAUGCUUGUUGCUGACCUUCAUCACAAGGCCACUGCUGUGAUGCAAUCCAAUGGAAGCCCCUUCGAGGCCAGCCCAACCGUGCCGUUCGCGCAGAACGGCAACUCCCUGAUGGACCCCCCGACCGUGACCUAUCCCAACGGCACGAUCGGCCUGCCUCAAUGGGACUCGUUCGUUCACAGUGAGCCCAAGAACAACGCGCUGUCCUCAGCUUCCGGCUCCUUCGCUUCCCAGCCGUCCUUCGCCAGCUCCAGCACGAUCCAGCCACUGCCCGCCACGUCAUCUCGACAAGAGAACGGUCCCGAGUCCAUCUCAUCUCAGUCAAUGGGCAACUCCGUUCAGACGUCUGCUAGUGGCACGCCUACUUCUCAGUCGCCCUAUCCUUCGCACGGCGCUCACAACCAUGCAGAGGCCCACCAGACUUCGGCGGGCUUCAAGCCCCCCCAGGUGACUACCGACGUGGAGCGCAACAUGAUUCUGGACAACGUUCACGGCAGCGAUACCGAGCACGCGAUUCCGGACGGAUUCAAGAUGCCCAACCUUGAGCGUCUGAACCGCUAUCUGUCAACCUACUUCGGCAUGUUCCAUCAUCACUUGCCCUUCCUGCAUCCGGCGUCUUUUGACCCCACCACGGUGUCCUCGCCGCUUCUGCUGUCGGUCCUCUCCAUAGGUGCCCUCUACGCCUUUGAUCAGGAGCAGGCGUUCAUGAUGCACGUUGGUAGCAAGGUCCUCAUCAACGAGUUCCUGCAGAACAAGGAAAACUUCAGCUCUCGCAAAUGUCCGCUUUGGGCCAUGCAAAGUUCUCUGCUGAACAUGAUUUUCGCCACUUGGAGCGGUGAUCCUAAGGGGCUCGAGUGGGCUUGUUCAAUCAAGAGUCUUUUGGCAAACAUGGUUGCUGGCAAUCGCUAUGAGCUGAAGCUUAGACAGGAGGCGCGCGAGAACCGAUCGCCAACCCGGGACGAGUGGGUAGAGGAUGAAGAAUGCCGACGCACGUACUACGCGGUGUACAUCUUCUUCGGCCUCCUCACACUCUCAUACAACCACACGCCUGCUAUCAGCUUUAACGAGUUCGAAGACCUACUGCUGCCUUCCACCGAGGCUCUCUGGAACCUGCAGGUGGCUGAUGAGCUGACCUGGGAGGAACACCUCACCGCCUCUACCGGGGUGACGUUUAUGGAGGCCCACGACAAGCUGUUCCAGGGCGAAACGAUCAAGUACAGCGCGUUUGCGACUCGUGUCAUGAUCAACGCUCUCUUCCUUGAAGUGUGGUACCACAAGCGCAGCCCCGAAGCGUUGCAAGAUGUUGUCACAGAGUACAAACUCAGACUCGCUCUGGAGACUUGGGAGAAAUCCGUCGACCUAUGCGAGCCCGAGACUGCUACCGUGCCUGUCAUCUCUCCCCACAAGGGCCACCCCCUUAUCUUCAAUGCCACGGCCAUGUUCCGCAAUGCCCGAGCUCGACUUGAAGUCGACCUCAAGACCGUCCAGGAAGCUCUUCGUUACCAUGACCCGUACGAAGUCCAUGCGGCGAUGUCAGGGGCGCGGGACCGUGUCAAGCGCUCUUCGGAGAUGAUCAAAGUCAUCCAAGAGUGCUACAACUGCAUUGAGACGGCGGUGGUCCAGGGUGUCCGCUGGGUUGCGCGCACCUCGCCAACCAACUGGAGCAUUGAGCACCCCCUCUGUGGAAUGGACCUCAUGAUCAUCCUCAGCCUCUGGCUUUACCGUCUGGAACAUGACGAUGAGCCGGCAAGCGAGGAGGAGAUGGCCAUGUACAACAAGAUCCGCAAGCUCUUUGAAAAGGAUCUUGAACAGCCGUACAUUUCACAACUUGGCACCAUUGUGGCCCGUCUGUGGGGCUCUAUGCUGGACGAGGUGGUUGUUUGGGGAAUUACCCGAUUGAUGGGUGAAUCCUUCCGCUUCCAUGCUCAGGCGCUCAUCGGCUACGUCGACGACGUUGAAAUGUCAGACAAUGUCUCGACUCCUUCGAUGUCUCAGGGCGGUGACGAAGACAGCGUGUACUAA